AUGGCCGAUGAUAACAAGGCCAAUAGCAAAGUGGUCUCUUUUGAAAAUCCCGAAGCAAAACUGUCUACACUCAGCACAUUGUGGAAGGUGGCCAUUCAAAAAUUCUCCAAGGAGAACCACGUCAGCAUAUCGGAGCUCGAGCUGGAGGGUGACUUCCCCAGCACUGGUAGUGGUGCGGAAAAGGCCAAUCUGAUGUGGCAGAAAGCCCGUCAUCCUGAUGAUCGAAAGGAUAAGAUAGUCACAGCUGUUGGAGGAUGCUUAGGCUGGAUAGACAUGGCCGUUGAAUAUCUGAAGGAUGCAGUACCUGACGGAUACGGAACCCCCGCAAAAAUUGUUGCAGGGACGAUUAGCUACAUGAUCAAGGCUGCGAAUAAAAUGACCAGCGACUUCGAUCUUAUCGAGACAACCUUUGAGGGCCUCAACAAUGCCCUGCGGGACAUUGGCCUGCUGAAAAACCAUUCCACUAGAGAAGAUCAUUUUACAUAUCGAUUAAUGGAAAUCUUCCUGGCCAUGUUUGAUUUUUGCAGCUACACUACCACUCUUUUCCGCAAGCAUACUCGAAGACAUAUGUAUCUUCGUGCGCUCUUCAAGGGCAAUAACGAAAAGAUUCAACAGAAAUGCGAUCACGUCAAAAAGGCGAUCCAACAAUUCCGAGACACUGUGCCUGUCAAAAGCUAUGCGACCGUACUGGAGACAAAUGAAAAAAUUGACGAGUUACCCAGCAACCUCAUUGUUCUCAUGAUAUGCAGAAUGAAAUCCUCUGAUCUACAACUCCUUCUUGGGCGACAAAAACCGACUUUCAAAGAUAUAUUGGAAAACUUCCGAAAGCGAGGCGUCAAUGUUGACGCAAAAGCAACGAUGGAAAAGCAGAUGGAGCUCAUCAAGACUCGUUCGGUUGCAAAUACCUUCUCCUGGAUUAGAGAAGCGCCUACCUACUCAUCCUGGUUGAAAGGCCAGCCGUCCCCGUUUCUUUACGUGUCGGGUUCUUCAGGAGCAGGCAAGACAUACUUUAUGUACAAAUGCUGUCGAAUCCUUGAAGAUGGCCCUAAAGCGACAAGUAUAGCGACGCAAUCUGACAAAGGAAAGCAGAUGGCAUCAGUGGCAUGUUUCUUCUUUGAACCAGGCAAGGAAGAUGUCCAGUCCUUUCGAAACAUUCUCGCCACACUUGUACUACAGAUUGCGGAACAGGACGUCAGGUUGUGUGAGACGAUGGCAAAAGACCUCGAAAAAGUAUCCAAAGACGACGAAGCAGGCAUGGUCACGACUCUGUGGGAAACUAUGAUCCUGAAGAAAUUUGAAAGGACAUCGGAAGGGUCUCCACGGACGUUGUACAUCUUAUUGGAUGGUAUCGAUCAGAUGAAAGCUGAAUACUUUUCAGACAUGAUGGAUCGUUUCAAGGCGCUAGGUCCAGACAAACACUCGAUUCGGGUCAUGUUAUCAGGUUCUCGGGACAUGGGUAACAAAGUCGACCUCAAGUCGCUAUCAGAAAUCGACUUGGACGAAAUGACAAAGUCGAAAGGUGACAUUGCCAAAGUCAUCAAUGAUCGCAUCCACAAAUCGGCUGCUCUCAACAAUCUAGGCCUCCACUUCAAGGAAAAGAUCACGGACAAGUUUAAUCACUGGGCGAACAGUGUAAUGUCGUCAGUAGAUCUCAUGCUAAGCUUGAUUGAACAAAAUGGGGGAGAUAGGUACGCAGCAGCCAAACUCAUGGAAGAGGCUGAAACCCCCGAAUGGCUGUACAGAGCAAUGAUUAGACUGGUGAAAGUCAAUAGGAGUGACCUAGUGCGAAAGAGCGUGGAGAGAUUAUAUUCAUGGUGUACAUAUGCGAAACAACCACUCUCUGUCGAUGAACUUCAACAUAUAUGGUCAAUCGACACAAAUCUGGGUAAAUUCGACAUACGAGAAGAGAUUCAGGGAAAAUCGUCCAGUCUACUCUGCAUCGAAACACUGCUACCGGGCCAGGACGAUGCGGCAAGCUCCUUAACAAACCACGAUGUAGUUUCAUUUCGCCAGCCCGCCAUCCGUGACUUCAUAGAGACAGAAGGACACGACAUGAUCGAAGAUCCCUUGCAAGAGAAAGUGAAUAUCUUCAAAACCCUUUGCGCGAUCCUGAGCAGUGGUAGUGCAGAUGGCGAUCCUUUGAGAAAACGGCUCCAAAGUUACGCCUGUAGAGAGCUCAUUCGACAUCUGGAUGACAUUGAUGUCAAAGCUACUUCAUCGGAACAGGGGCGGGAUGUGGUGGAAGGUAUUGUUCGAGUCUUGUGUAACGAGAACGAUGUCUGCUCUGUUUUUGAGACUGUUUUUCGGGAUUCCAAUCGAUUCUCGGUGGAUUUCGAUUUGUAUGAGUCUUCUGAAUUUGCACUACCAAAGCACAAAAAUGCUGACCUUCAACAGACAGCAUGGGCGAAGAAAAUGAAUUUUCAUGACGAAGAAGAUCUCUCUCUAGAUGCGACAGACUGGGUCGAAGCAAGCAUCAUCAUGCCACAGCGGAUGUUGGAAACCUUGGGCUGUGGACAUCUUGAGAAUUGGGUCAAAGCUGUUACAGUGUCAGAGGCUACAGUACCGUACACGCUAGCAUAUCGUUGCUUGUAUAUUGUCGGCAUAUUUGAAGAUCCCGCCUUGAAGAGACACAUGGACCUACCUGUUCUUUCUCCCGACGAACUCAUGACCGAGUACAUUGCUAAAAUUAUGCUGAGGUAUGCCCGAAAGGUUCGUCAUUUUCCGCGGGUGAAAUUUGCCAAAGCACGGAUUGCGACGGCGCUACUAUUGAGUGAGGGCAAUGACGAGGAUCACGACAAGGCAUUGCAGUUUUACACGGCAAACAUCGCUAGAGAUGUUACUGAUGACGAAGCGAAGGAGACAUGGAUCAAAGUUCAAGAGUACACGAGCAAGGCACUGCAACAAUUGGCUCAGGAAAAGGGUGCUUUGGGCUCCGAGCUCGACAACGGACGGUGCUUAGCGGCAUUCCUCCUCAAAGCAAAUGCGUCGAUGAGGCUUGCCGACGAUGCAAAGGCUCUGGAUACAUGCGAGGGAUUACUGCAGGCUUUUGACCUCGGUGAGGUCCAGUGGGGUUUCCAACUGCUGGAUGCUCUGACUAUGGUGGUAGAAAUCCAUUAUCGCCAUGGACGUUAUGCCAGGCUUGUUCAUCAAGUCUUGAACCAGAAGGCUCCAUUGAAGUGUGCAUGGUUCUGUCACCGGACUACGAUUAUGAACCACUCGGUUUAUGCAGUUGACGCUUUUCGAGAAGCCGCAGUUCGCUCAAGGCGAGUUGACAUGAGCAUUCGCCUAUGUGAAGAGGCGAUCGAAUACUGGCGGGAAAACGAUUCAACCAUGGCCAUCUUCCUCCAGGAUUAUCUAGCCGUUAUCUAUCGUCGAGAUGCUCGGACUACCGUAAUGGCAGAAAGGCUGCUGGACAAUAUCAUCGAAACGAUCCAAAAAGACUACACUCUACUCAAAGGCGGCAUCCUGCGCAGCGUAUUCCCUAGAAUGGUGGACAUACUUUCCGAGAAAUGCCACUUGAGCCAGUCGGAAGUCACGAAAAGGGAAAGCGUGAUGAAACUCACAGGCUUCAUCAACGAGUUCAAGGGAACCGCGGUUGUUGAGCCCAUAACGUUCGCGGUCGCCCUGGUCGCCCUUGCGAGGAUGCAAAAAGACUGCCCUGGGUACGGAGUGGCGAGGGCGAUGGUCGAGGCUGAUCGCGCCUUCAAGCUGUGCAUUGCGGAUCUCGAAGACUCAACUGGGGCUAAUGACGGUCUAGCUUUCUGUGCACUUGCCCGAGUUUUGAUGUUUGCAGGGUACGACGUCGAUGCCAGCGUAUCCCUAUCACUACAGUUCUCCGAAGUUCGAGACUAUGAUGAUUCAGAGUCUCGUUCUCAAACCCCCGACAGUGCGUUGAAGCGAUGGAAUACUAAUUCUAGUCGCGGAACUGGUUCCACCAAGUCAGACGAGGAGAGUGGCCAGGAUGAUGACACGUCUUCUACUGUCUCUACCACACAAGACGGGGGAGUCGACAACCAUGAUACGCCAAAUGUUAUACCUGAAGAGCCUGCUUCCAAUAGCCGUCCACUCCUCCUCGGCCCUCCAGAAGUGGAGCCAGUUGUGAACAACGAGGAUCAGAUAGCAGCAACAUCUGAUGAGACUGACCAACGGAACGAUCCAAAUCAUUGA